AUGUCACGGAGAACAUUCUCACCUUGUGGUACAGUACCGACGACGUUCACUGAUCAUUGGCGUCUAUCAAACUGUUUGCCAUACGGAAUCUUACGAUUCAGAAAUGAAGAUCUUCUCAGCAGUCAAGUGGGUGAGAUAAUCGAUGAUCCAGAAAAAUUUUCUGUAUCAAUUGAUGCACGAAAUUUUACACCGGAUGAAAUAACGGUUAAUACCGAAGGCAACGAGUUGAAAAUUGGCGCAGUACAUAUUGACAAUAAUGGCAAGAAACAAUUCGAACGGCGUUACGUGAUACCGGAUAAUGUAGUGACGGAAUGCAGCGAAACCAGAAUCAGUCCGGAUGGAAUACUCACUAUUACGUUGUUUAAAAAACGUUUAUCUUCGUGA